AUGAGAGUAUAUAAAAACGGGGUGCAGCUGUCGGUUGAACACAUGCGAAUUGUAGCGGAUACGAGGAGAGAAAAGGGUCGCAAGUACAGGGGACGGAGCGGAGGGAUGAGUCCGCCCCGCGAAAACAAACGGUUGCCGGGCAACGUGGGGCUCCGGGCUCGGGCUGCGGGGGCGGAGGCUCACACACACACACACACACUCAUCACAAGCCCUGUGUGUGUGUGUGUGACUGGACCGGGAUGCUGGAAAAUACCACUACUACUAACAACGAUAAAACAUACAGUACACUACAUUGACACGUUUACAACGGUUCAUCUAUGA